UUGUUUGAACUUUGAAACCAACCCCAGUUUGAAGAAGUUUUUGCCCUAGAGAUAGCAAAAAAGAUGUCGAACUUGAGUUUUCUUGAUAUGCAACACUACCUCUCAAAGAAGAAAUUCUUGCAGAAACCCUCACGAAUGUUUUCUAGAGAGAGACAAAACUCGGGUUUAUUGCCCAUUCACUCGCCAACUUCAGAAGAGAUGAAGCAAGUGUUCAACAAAUUUGAUACCAACAAAGAUGGAAAGAUUUCGCAGGAGGAAUACAAGGCAAUACUUAAAGCCAUUGGGAACGGAAACCUCCUUACCAAAGAAGUACAGAAGAUAUUCGAGGUUGCAGAUUUAGAUGGCGAUGGAUUCAUUGAUUUCAACGAAUUCGAGGAAGCGCAGAAGAAGGGAGGUGGAGUGAAGACAGUGGAUUUGCAGAGUGCAUUUCGUACAUUUGACAAGGAUGGAGACGGGAAAAUAACCGUCGAAGAAAUCUACGAGUUACUGCGUAAGCUCGGGGAAAAGUGUAGCCUAAGAGAUUGCAGGAGGAUGGUGAAAGCUGUGGAUACUAAUGGAGACGGAGUCAUUGAUUCAGAUGAGUUUAUGACCAUGAUGAAUCAUACUAUGGACAUUCAUUAACGGAUGCUAAUCUGGUGUCGAGUUAGAAAUUCUAACAAAGUAAUAUUAGUUCUUCAUUCAUGUGUGGUGUGUUUUUGCCGUGUAUUGUUGCAGCUACUGGAAGUUAGUGUUAUCAGAGUUGUAGAACUAACUCCUUAUGCAUAAUCAAUAAGACAAGAUCAAGUUGUAAUAAAUUUACAUUAAAAA